AUACACUGUAGAACAAUCAACCAUUUUACAGUUUGGAAAUGUCUAAAACUGGAAUAUAUUAAAUGGACGUUACGAACUAACAAAGGCGUUCUUUCUCAAGGAAUAAUUACACCACGGUCAUGCAGUUAUAGUUAUAUAGUGAUCCAGGGAAGGAUUUUUUAUCACAAUGUUUGUUUGUCGUUUGUGUCUGGUUUUUAUCCUCUUCUGUUUGAACACAAGCCAGGGAUUGGAAGUGGACACAAUGAAAUUUGAGAAGCUGAUGAUACUACCACGUUCCAACAAAAUUCCUAAAGUAGGUCAGGCAGCAGAUGGAGACACGGCGACUUGUAUACAGUACACGAGGCAGCCCCGCAAAAAUGCCCGGGUAUGGAUCGACCUACGUGGCCUCCAUAACGUGCAUCGCGUCAUCAUAAGGCACAGUGGCACAGAUUCUAAUUCAGAUCUACAAAUGAUGAAAAACAUCCACAUUCGAUUGUCUAAUACUACGUCUGCGUCGAAAAAGAAAGAUUGCUUCACAAAUUACGAUGAUAUACCCUCGGACGGCGCCUUAGACACUGCCACAUAUUGUGUCAGCAAAGCCAUACGAAGUGUCUACGUCAUAAGACCGACAGAGCUGCGCUUUUGUGAAGUGGAAGUAUACGGCUGUGUGUCCGGUCGCUGGGGAGCAGCAUGCGAAAACAACUGUGGUGAAUGUGCAGCAGGAGACGCGUGUGAUUCUAUAACAGGAAAUUGCCCGGGCACAUGUGCAAAAGGAUGGAAUGGAUAUCUCUGUAAUAUAGCAACGGCUACAACAACAACAACGACGAAGGCAACAACACCACAGACACUACCACCUCCAACAACAACGAAGGCAACACCACCACAGACACUACCACCUCCAACAUCAACGAAGGCAACACCACCACAGACACUACCACCUCCAACAUCAACGAAGGCAACAACACCACAGACACUACCAACUCAAACAACAAUAAAGGCACCGAUAAUGAUACUGACAACAAAGCUAACAACAAAUAACACGACUAUGAACUCACUGCCACGUGCUGAAACAGUUGAUGAUAACACCACAACAACGACAACGGACACAAAUAUGGCAUCGACUAUGCCUUCAAAUAGUACACCAGAUGUAGUUACUACAGAUAGAGCAAGCGAAUCUACUGCAGUUGGGCAAACGAAACAGACGCCUGGAGUAACACAGGUUGCAGCCAAAGGAACCUCGGGUGAGUUGCAAUUUCCAGGCCUGGAAGAAAGCACUACACCAUCUGCUGAAAGUAGACUUAAUAUUAGUUCAUUUUCAACAACACUUUCAUCUGUUACAUCUGGAAAUGCCCAAAUGUAUUCUACUAGCACUACUCGUACCUUCAGCAUCUUACCAACCGAUAGUACAUCAGAUGUCCAAACCAAGGGAAUUAGCAAAGUGACUGAUUCGACCAGUUUGAUCUGGGGUCAUCAAUAUUCAACAACAGAGGAGAUCACGGUGAACACCGAGAGUGUGAGUAAUAUCACAGAAACAGCUGGUGAAGAAACAUCUAGUCCAUCUGUCUCUGAGAACACAACAGGCGAUACGGAUACAGCUACAGGUACAACCCAAAUAUUUUCUUCUCCAAUAACGGAAAGUACCAUUUCCCAAACAAAUACAUAUUCCGACUGGUCGGGAGACGGAACAGAGGAAUCUCAGAAUGACUCACCAACAACAACUCGAGAAUUGGAUAAUGUCAGUUCUGAUAUGCAUUUGACAGAAACAGUCACAGAUAUCCCAGUUACAACUCGAGAAAUAGAUAGUGAAAGUUUGAGUGUGUACUUUACAGGGAGUGCGUCGCAACCUAGCAACACUGUUAACAUUUCAGAUGACGUCACAAAAUCUACACAGUUGUUUGAAGAUGUGGACCUAACAGACCCCAAUCGUAAAAAGACCCCGGUCUGUAAAGGAUUUACUUGCUCCAAGAAUAAUCUUGUCGUUUUAGUUGGGAUUGUCGUUGCUUUUCUCUUUAUAACUACCCUCAUCGCCACAGUAUACAUAUAUAGACGGAGAGUACGCCAGAAGAGAAACCAGGACUUCGAGAAAGGCGAUAGUUUCAAAACAUUUAACGGACUGCCCCUGCCUGAUAUUGCAGCGGCAGCAAAGGCAUAUGGAAGCAAUGGUGACAUAAAGAGUACACAGAUAGAUGAUACUCGAGACACGACCGACAAGGAGGAUUAUGACGUGAACGCCUCUCUUCUAGUUCCCUGUAACCUCUCGUCCUUCUCGCCGAGUCAGGCGAAGAGUACCGCGGUCAGAGAUAUCCAGGAUCACAUAACAAUGAUGAAGGACAAGACACUUUUCAACAAAGAUUUCAUGAAUCUACCAGGCGCAGAUAUCAGUCCAUGCAAUGUAGGAACAAACAGGAAAAACUCGAAAAAGAACCGGUAUGCCAACAUUACCACAUUCGAUGAAUCCAGAGUAACCUUGACAACCAAUGGAGAUGUUGAGAAUGACUACAUCAACGCCAGCUACAUCGAUAGUUUUGAACAACCGAAGACUUACAUCGCAACACAGGGACCGCUGAAACACACUUCAGACGAUUUCUGGAGAAUGAUUUGGCAGGAACACGCGGAGAAGAUUGUCAUGUUGACAGAGCUACAGGAAAACAAAAAGACUAAAUGCGUGCAGUACUGGCCAGGAGAAAAUGAGAAAAUGUCCGUCGGUAGUCUUAGUAUUACAAUGGAGAAUGAGUAUCACUUCCCUGUCUACAAGCUACGGACGUUUUGCAUUACCGAAUCUCGGACAAAAGAGUCUAGGAAAGUAACCCAGUUCCAGUUCACUGCUUGGCCAGACCAUGGUGUCCCGGAGGUGUUCCCGUUGAUUUUGUUCCAUGACCGUGUGAUCAGCCAACAUUCUGACAUGACCGGUCCUAUGGUAGUACACUGCAGUGCUGGGGUUGGUCGCACAGGAACAUUUAUUGCCAUCGAUGCUUUGAGUGAACAGGGACGCAAGACAGGUCACGUGACCAUCCACCUGUUUGUGGAGUACAUGAGGAGGUGUCGGCCUCGCAUGGUGCAGACAUUGGAUCAGUACGUGUUUCUUCACACCGUUCUGAUGGAGAUGUUCCUCUGUCCGGGGUCGUUGGUGGAGGCCGAAAGCUUACGCGACACCUGGAAAAUCAACGGCAAUGGGACACAUACACAGGCGAUUCGGGAGGAAUACCAGAGACUCCAGGGUCUCCGACCGAGAUAUGGUGGCGAGGCAUACUCCGCUGGACACCAGGCAUGUAACUCCAGCAAGAACGGCACCACAGUGUUACCAGUCAAUGAUUACAGAGUGGUGUUAAACAGCGAGGAGGAUUACAUCAAUGCAGUCACUAUGCCAAACCUGGGCAGCAAACCAGGCUACAUCGUUACAGAGAUACCAGUGUCUACUUCAAAAGAUAACUUCUGGCAGAUGAUAUAUGAGCAGAAAUGCAAUGUAAUAGUUUGUCUUGACCAUCCACUAGAUGAAACGGGCGUGUCUAUUCUUCCCGAAACAGAACAGGAGCAGACCUAUGGAGCUUUCUCUGUGAGACAUGGCGAAACUGUUCUAUUAGGACCACACGGCAUACAGAGGGAGACCUUCACCUUGACACGUGAUAACGAAGUGAACGAGGUGGCGGUGUUUUACUUGCCAACGUGGAAGGCGGAAGACCAGCUCCCUCCGACGUGUGCUAGUCUCAUCUCACUCCACCAGGAGACGCAAAAAUGGCAAGAGAACAAAGGUCAAGGUCGAGUCAUCGUCGUAUGUAGGGACGGUGCUGAACGAUGCGGGUUGUACUGUGCUGUAUGUAACAUGAUGGAAUGCAUCGAUUGGUAUAAUCGUGUUGAUAUUUUCCACACGGUCCGACAUCUACAGAUCCGCAGACCAGAGGUCAUACAGAAUUUGAUGCAAUACUCGUAUUGUUUUGACUUGGCUGUCGCCUACACGGACACGUCUGAUGGAACCUGUAUAAAACUCCCCGACGAUACCGUGUUUGUGUCCCCAACUACAUCGGUAUGACACUGGCAGUGUUACACACGAACAACGAUACUCAAACCAUUUUUGUGACUUAAAGAAGACAAUCCGACCCACCAAUCGAAUCGGCUGCUUCUGAAUAUGCAAUCAAUAAUAAACCUGUCACAAUGGUGGCAGCAAGAAAUAUGAUUUUAAAAAGUUUCAAUAUUGGAUUUUUGAAAUUCUUGAUGGAUGUAUAUAUUGCAAGCCUAAUAAAAACAUUCAUUUUAUUGCG